AGCUGUGCUCUUAUAAAACAGAUUAAACAGCAAAAGGAAUGCUGAGUGGAAAAGCUGGGUUAUUUCCACCUUGCAGAACUUACUGAAAUGAUCCUGGCUGUGUUAAAACAUGAGCCAAAACUCCCACUAAUGCUCCCAGGGAGCAUUAGUCUGAGUGAUUCACAUAAACACCCAAAGAAGUCAGUCUUGGUUGAGCUUCCUAGUCAAGUUGACUUUUAAGAGAGAUAAUCUUUCCAGGAGGAGGUCUGAAGAAAGGCAAGUUACAGGUGAUAAGAAAAGAGUGGGAUGAUGCACUGUUUGCUGCUGCUCCUUCUCCUGGUCAGCUUUGGCUCACCUGCACCCAGGUUUUCGGACAAAGAUAUCUGCCUCCUAGACAACAAUAAAUUAAGACAAAGAUUAAAACAUCUUCAAGACUUGCUUUACUUAUAUGAAUUGCAGCUGAAGGACAUACUGGAGAACACUUACCACAGAACGAAAAGUGAACUGUUCUCAGGCAACAGGACCGUGAAGCAUGAGACACUUUUACCCACAACCAGUGGAAAUUUGAUAGUGUAUGACCAAGAUUGUUCUGCAGUGUAUAACAGGAAGAGCACCACAAGUGGCUACUACCGGAUCAGGCCCAGAGCAGACCGAGAGCCUUUCCUGGCGUUCUGUGACAUGUCUGGUGGCGGGGGCUGGACUGUCAUUCAGCGGCGCAGUAAUGGCAAGGAGAAUUUCGACAGGAAAUGGGAUGAUUACAAACUGGGAUUUGGGAAAUUCCAGGGCAAGAAUGAUGAAUACUGGCUGGGCAAUGACCACAUCCAUGACCUGCUUGCUAGAGGAGAGAACUCAUUAAAGAUUGACCUGAUGGACUGGCAUGGGGAAAGACGUUAUGCAAUCUAUGAAAAUUUCCAGCUUGCAAAUGAGCAGGACAAUUACAGGUUAUGGUUUGGCACCUAUUCUGGUAAUGCUGGCGACGCUCUGUCUGGUGGGAGCAAUUUUGAAGAUCAGUGGUCAGCCUCUCACAGAGGGAUGCAGUUCACCACAUCUGAUAAGGAUCACGAUCGAUUCCUGGCAGGCAACUGUGCAUCAGAGAACAAGGGUGGCUGGUGGUUUAACAGGUGCCAUGCUGUGAACCUCAAUGGGCAAUACUACAAAAGAGGGAGGUACAAAGGACCCCAUGAUGAUGGCUUGGUUUGGUCUACAUGGCAUGGGAUGUGGUACUCACUGAAAUAUUCAGCUAUGAAAAUCAGGGCUUCGUUCUUUAUCGACAGAGAGAGUGGAGACGGUGAGAACAGUCAGGGCAGCUGAAACCUGCUGCUUUGGAAAAAGAAUGGUGUAAGUUGAUAGCUAGUGCUCUGCUGCUGCCCAUCACCAAACCUGCACAUGAUAGCUGGAGUUGCACCUGCUUCUGCUACCUGAAGCUAACAGCACGAGUUAUUUGAGCACAGCCAGACAACAAUUUAAUAAAAAUCAUAUGGAUCUCAGUCACCAGAUAACCAGAGAUGUCUUUUUCAGCAGUUUUUAAGACUUUGUUGGAGAAUGUUAAUUGAAAGUUCUCUGGACUUUGAAGGAUAGAGCAUGUCCUUUUAAUCAAUCUAUACUUUUAAAAAUCUAAACCUUUCUCAUCUUAAUUUUAACCAUCAGUGUUUCAGUUAUGAGAAUAUCAGGAUAGAAAGAACAAGGGGAUGGGGAAUUGGACUUCAUCUGACGUGCCUUUGUUAGUGCAUUGUUCUGCAUCAGGAGACUGUGCUAAAGCAACUUUCCCUAUGGUUCUAAUUCCCACACUUCAGUUGCAGAGUGCUCCUGGAGUGUGUGAAACCAAACCUGUGGAUGGACAUGCUCCAACUGCUCAUGUGCAUCAGAUUAAGGCUGCUUCAAAGUAAACACCAACACUAUGGACAGUGUGGGUUCCAUUCCAACAGCUUCCCACUGCAGAUCCACUGCUAGAGUACACCACAAGACAUUAAAGCAAAGACAAUCCUGCCAACCAGAUUAAAGCCCCAGAUUUAAAUUAGGCACAUUUUACUAAACUUAAGGUGAGCACAGAUAUUCCUAGGAGUGCCUAAAAUGCAGUCAUGAUUCAUUUGUAUAUUCUCCUGUAAUUUGCCAGGUGAUUUUGCAUUAGUGAAGGGGAAUCAGAAAGUGGUUGAACCACAAGGCACACUGCUUUCAUUGUCUUUCAUUGGGGUGAAAGAGUAACACAAAUGACUGAAAGAAAUGGAAUACUGAACAUUUAUUUUCUACAGCUGUUAACAACAGUUUAAAAUGAACAGCGGUAUCAGCUUGAUGCAAAUCAUUUAACUACCACACUGUAGAAUAAAUUUGUUUCCUUUUCUUCUGAUUUAUAAUAUUUUUUUAAUCGGUAUUUCUUUUCCAUUUACUUGCUUUUAUAUCCAUACAUAUUGUAAUUUGUAUACAUAUCAAUAAAAAGUGAAAUAAAACCAUCUGAGUAGGAC